CGUUCGGUCGAGCCGUUGAGUGUGGAGCGGUACGCGUUGUCGACUGCCGCCCGCCCGCCUGCCCGCCUGCCCGCCAGCCCGCCAGCCUGCCUGCCCGAUCGUCCGCGCUCCCGGCCGAUCCAGUAA